GCCUUCAAAAAUUGGAGUAAACGCUUUUGACCAUAGUGUCAGGACCGUGUGCCCAAAACACACUUGUAGCCAAUCAGCAGUAAGGGGCGUGAUUAGUCAUGAUUGAGAGAAGAGAGCCUCCAUUUGAGUGCACAGGACGGAUAUUAGCAGAUCGACUAUAGAUAUUAGUUAGUUAGAUAUUAGUUAUAUGGAGAAAUGGAAGAUAAAAAGACGAAAAUAUAGGAGUAAAAAAUAUUAAAAAGAAGGGUUAUGAUCAGGGAAGAGGUAGGACCUGCGUAAAUAUCGAAGCAGCUUUCCAGCGUUGGAGAGAACUCAAGAAGCGGGAAGGCCUGGAAUCGGACGCUGAGGUUGCGUUUUCUUUUUGAUAGCCAGGUGACCGCUGUUUUUACGUCAUAGUUCAAGAUCAACCCAAGUAAGCUCUCAGACCGAGAAGAACGGCAUCAUGAAGAAAACAGUUUUUUUCCCCGGGAGAGUCAAGGUGUCUUUCAGGAAAGACCCAUCAGGCCAUUUACGCCGGGACCCAUCAGAAGAGGCAAAAGUAAUUAAAGACAACCCUUCACUGCAGGACAAGUCAACACCUCAAAGAAAAGAUCUGGUCAGGAUGAAUGCCCGUUCUGUUGUCUUUCAGAGAGGAGGGGAUGUCUCUGACAAGCAAGAGGUGUUGGGAGAAUGCAUUCUUUAGUUCGGCAAGUACAAGGGCAAGUCUUUCAGGUGGUUAUUAGAGAAUGAUGUUGGCUAUGCUUUGUACCUGUCCGAUAAGGUUGAGGAAGAAGAACAGGCUGGGCAGUUCAACCCAGAGGGUCCUUGCAAGGGCAGCUUCAUUUCCUUUCUUGAAUACUCAAGAAGCUUUAAGGAAAUUGAGGAUCUUAGACGGUAUCUGUCUCAAAGGCCAGAUCCAUUGCCAGUUUUUAUAGAGGAUGACAAUACUGUUGGAUUUGGAACAAGAGCACAAGACACUUUGGGAUACCAGGGCAGACGGAUAUAAAAAAGCAGAAGUGUGUUCCAGGCAGCAAAAUGUACAACUUGCAGCAGUAUCUUUUAAAACAGCAGCAAAAACAGCUGACGAAAAACACUCCUCUGUUGUCCUCACCAUCAGCUUCUACUGCAAGACCACCUGUUCCUUCCAGUACUGCCUCUGAUCAGCCUGUGAUGGAGGAGGAUGAAAAAUAUCCCACACAGCUGAGAUAAUCUGCAGUCACAGGAUCCACAGUCUUAUCUACAACAGGUUACUUUCCACAUCAGAGGCUUAUUCUGUUACAUACAGACUUAUCCUCCAUUUAUGAAUUUAAUUAUCUUAUGUGUUGUUUUGGCAGUGUUCUUGCCUGUUCUAAAAAACACGUUCUUUUGUUCUAACUACUGUUAAGGGUUGAACAUACCAGUGGUGAGGGUGAGUGCACUUCAUGAAUUGUAUGCGUGGUAUUUAAACUGGUUUUAUUUGUUGUUAAAAGUGGAAUGUUUACUUACAGACUUUUGAACAUUAUUAGAAGUUGCAUUACUAGAAUAAAUAGAAUGAUAGAAUAACAAUGAUUCUAGUCAUUUAAUGUAGUCAAGACAAUUAAAUACACAUCAUGUACAUUCAGUGUUUUAAUAUGUUUUUAAUUUCCUCCCUGUGCUGUUCCAUGUAGGUCUGCCGCAGCCUCCAUCAACAUCAGUUCCUGUGUGUAGGCCUUCUUCACAGGGUGAAGGCUCUGUACCACCUCCAGCAGCACAAUCAACACCUGCACCAAUGCCGUCUGCACUGACUAAAACCCCUGUUCCCAGCUACUUGACCAAUGAUGAAGACAGAGAUGGCCAGGAUCACACCCAUUAAGACACCUCAUGAAUAUGGUCUCCUUGUGGCGCUAUCCACCUCAGCCUGAGCUUAUAGAGACAAACACGGGCCUUCCGUCACCCAAAUACUUCCAGCUCCAUCCCUUUUUCAUUUGGAAACCUGAGCACAGUAUAAUGGAAAGGCUUAGGAACAAUUACAUCCUGCCUUGUCUCUACGGCUGUCAAAAUACUAAUGUUGUGUCCUCUGGUGUGGGAAGACCCCGAGUGAUCCUUGGUACUACCGGUCAAUAUUACAUCCUUGCUUCACGUCUGUGUUGUAAGGCAUGCAAAAAAUACUGGUUUGCUGAUAAGCCUCAGUGGCUGGACAUGCUAUCACAACGAUUCAGAAACAUCUUGCCAGCCUUCCUCACCCAUAAGAAGGCAAUCUGUAAAACGGUGAUGGAUGAACUGAGGCGCUCUGGAAAAUCCCCUAAUGAUAUGGCCAACCAGCUGUCUGAGGUGCUUCACUUUAAAUAUGAAAGGGCCCAUCUGGCCUACCUUCUCAGUGUGCAGAACGUCAGGGAUGCUGAAGCAGGGCUGUAUGGUCAGAAAACCAUCACUGCGGCACUGAGGAACGAUGACACACCUGCACCGUUUGGGGGUUACGAAGACACUGAUGGGUGGCAUGGGGUGUCUGUCUCUGCACACUAUUUAGUAGAGUGCCUUCUUCAUGAAUAUCAGCGGCAGGAAGCAGCUCUCACUCAGCUCCUACAAGGCACUUUUGGACAGGUGUACAGGUCAGAUCACACACGCAAAGUUGCUAGAAAAGUGACCCUCUCAUCUGGCACAAUGUCAUCCUAUGCUGUGAUGAACGAGAACUGGAUGAUUCUGUCCUGGGUGAUGCUGCAGAGUGAAAGUGAGCAGUCCCUGGAGUCAUUGUACUGUGGUCUGGCCAAUUGCUACAGUGCUGCUGGUAUUCCCAAGGCCAAGUACCAGUGGGUGGACAGUUGAUCAGAGUGACCUGGAGAGACUGAAGAAUGCAUACAGUUUCUGUGGUAUCGAUCCUGCUAAUCCCACCAAGCAGCACAUCAGAGAGCACUGCAGGACAAAAGUGCCACAUCCCAGAGAGCUGGUCCAAAGAGUGGAAGAAGUGCUUCACCAUUUCUAUCUGACAAAGGAUCCCAACAACAUCUUCCUUUUUAAACCUUCGAUGUUAAAAAUGUGGUGGAUUCAGCGUAUCCACAUCCUUAGAGGCUGCCUGAGUGACCCUGAGGCGGAGGAAGGAAUCCUUUACAGACAUGGUGGAACCCUACAGCUGAAUCAUGUGAUGGAGCUGCUGUUCCCGUUUGGAUCCCUGUCAGAGGCACUUCACAGCAGGAGGGGUUUCAUUUCCACCAGGCUCAGUGGGUAACGGGCAAUCGCGUCUCUCCUGAGUUGUUCCAGGCGCAGGGUAUGACUGGUGUGGCACGCUGGAAUUAUCAGUGGCUGGUGGACCUGAAGCAGCCUGGGGUUGUCUUACCUGGAGUGUUUGACCCUGUUUUGAUGAUGGAGUUAAAUAAUCUAUAAGAGUGACAGGGCAUCCCAAAUAUCCAGCCUUGCACAUCUCCAGCAGGGACACAGGAGAGAGGUUUGGCCUGCAAUAUUUGGAGCCAGGCUGUCGACCUGUGCCUCUUGACUUUGACAAACACAAAAGCAGGAAGACAGACCUAGGAGAUGUGGAGAUGCAAGAAGAGUCUUCAUCUGGCGUUCCGUUCUCAUUUCCAUCUCAGGAAUACUUAGAGGAUUCCUCUUCUGCUGAGACCCCUCUUGCUGCAGAACCAGAGGCCACCCAACAGACUGUCAUUUUUCACCAGUUUUCCACUCCAAGUGCUGUGACAGUGAAGGAACAAACAUCUGAGGAGUGUCUUUUAGAUGCAGAACUCCCAAGUACAUCACCACUGCCUGUAGCUGCUUCUCCCUGUGCUGCUUGCACUGGACCCAUUAAGACAGGUGGCUGAGUCUUUGUGUUGGACCAUAACAGAUGGACAGAUCCAAUGAGAAAUGCCAUUGAUGGUUUGCUGGCCAAGAACCUUGGGAGCAAGGACCUCCUUACAAAGGUGGAUGCUGAAUAUGCUGCUAUGGUACAGAGUGCCUGCACUGACCCCAACAGCCUUCUGCACUCAACCACAAAGCAGCACACAAGCAGGUUCAUUCCUAUUGGCUAGUCAGCGCUCUACACCUAUUUGCGGUUGGCCCGCGAAAGGUCCCCGGUUCAAGACCGGGCGGAAACAAGGCUUUUUAAAAUGGUUUCUUUGGUUAAAAGGCCUGCACUAUAGAUAUGUGGAGAAAAUGUGUUUUUGCUAAAUGUCUAAAUAUCUAAAUCCACAACUUUAUAAAAAUACCGUAUUGACCCGAAUAUAAGACAAUGUUUUUUUCUUGGAAAUACAUAUGAAAAAACGCGGUCGUCUUAUAUUCGGGGUCUAGACUUUGACAUGUCAGUAAUACACCCACAACAAUAGGUGGCGCCAAAAACGCAUAAAAGGAGUGUGCCAUGAAAUAUGUAAUGUAUGUGUGUUGUAAAGAUCGCAAAUGAAAACAAAAGAAAAAGAAAAGCUUACAGCGGCACGAGUCCUGACUGUCAUGUUAGCCUGAUGGGAACAAACUUCCUCUGUAAGUGAUUUUAAAACAUAAGACAGUACCCAGAUUUGAAGACUACAAUAAGAUUUCACUUCUACUGUUAAUAAAAAUUUUGGUAGGCUACUACCAAUGAGAUGGAUAGCCUAAAUGUUAUAUAGCCUAAUUCAGAUGGGCUACCUGUUAUUUCAAUGGUAUAUCAAAAAGUGUAUAUUUUUCAAUGUCAUUGUUGGUACAUUUGACCAAUAUUUACCAUACUUUCAAAACAAAAAUUAAAAUAGGAAAAAUAUGCAAUUUGAAAAUAAUUUAAGAAAAAAAUGUUUUACAGAGAGAGAGAGAAAAAAAACAAGAUUUGAUUUUCAAAAAGCCUUUUUCCAAAAAGUACAUCUGGAAAAAGGGGGGUCGUCUUAUAAUCAGGGUCGUCUUAUAUUCGGGACAAUAUGGUAAGUACUUAUGUCUAAAACAACUAGAGAAAUAUAAGCCUUUUAUAUAGAGCUAUAUAGGAAUCUAGUGUUUGGUCACUUUUGACCAUGUACAACAUAAGUGUGACACCCAAAUGAACAAUACCAGAGGGUUAAUUAUCAGCUUUUGUGAGCUCAUUUAACCCCUUGCAGUUCAUUGACAAAUCCCCAGGGGAAGAGCAUGAUGGUUAGUAGGUGUUUCCGUAGUGUAGUGGUUAUCACGUUCGCCUAACACGCGAAAGGUCCCCGGUUCGAGACCGGGCGGAAACAAGGCUUUUUCAGAAGGUUUUUUUGGUUAAAAGGUCUGCACUAUAGAUAUGUGGAGAAAAUCUGUUUUUUUGCUAUAUGUUUCCUGGAUAGUCCUUUUCUUAGGCAAAAAUACAUUACAAUUAUAUUGUCAUAUAUGAAGAGUUUAAUAAUGAGAUGACCAGUGCAUCCUACACUUCAAGGGGCCCUACGCAAAACUGUGUUUGGGGGCCCUGUCGAUGUGUUCUUAAAACCCCAAAAUUACCCACUUAAUCUGUUCUUUCAGAGAAGUCUGAACAAAACAGUGAGAUGAAACUUUUAAGUACAAAAACCUACCACAUAGAAACUGAAUUAAGAACUUAUAUUAAAUUUCACGCUCAGAAGGCUGCCUGGGGAACAGAAUCUCUUUUGCAGUUCAAUGUGCUUUUAACUCUUCUUUUUUAGUAUCAAGCACAACCAACAGGAGAAUGUAUAUUAAGACAGGCACAUACAAAUGUUACUGUAUAUUAUGAUAGUCAUGUACAAAAUCAAAAAUUAUAUUAUUUAAUUAAAAGACAGCCUUUGAUUUUAUAAUGUCAAUAAUCUAUAUUGUGUGCUAUUUAUAAUUUUGUACCCUGUCAAAUCAACUAUUUUCAGUGAGGUGCUCAAUCAAAAGCCACACAUUGUUUCCGCCCGGUUUCGAACCGGGGACCUUUCGCGUGUGAGGCGAACGUGAUAACCACUACACUACGGAAACUGGGAUAUUAAGGUCUACUUGUCCUUUCGGCAAAAUAACACAUUACAGAUGAGUGCUCCUCACCAUUUUAUACUUUUGGCAAAUACUUACAAUAAAGUUCUACUAGAUAUUUAAGAAAUUGUUUUGAAGUAAAACUCAUCACAAACUCGGUCCUGGAGGGCCAGUGUCCUACAAAGUUUAACUUCAACCCCUAAUUUAGGGUGACCAUACGUCCUUUUUUUCCCUGGACAUGUACUCUUUUUGGACCUAAAAAUUGCGUCCGGCCAGCUGAGGCCAGCCGCGGAUAGUUGUAACACAGUGACAGCCAAUGAAAUUGAAGCAUUUCAACAGCUGGCCAAAGAGUGGAAAUGAUGUCACAGCCAAUCAGAUUUUUUUCAUGCAUUUAUUUGGACAGGGGUUCGAAUCCCACUCACGCAAGUCUAAAACCAUUAUUUCACACAGCUUUGUGCUUUUUAUAAAACAAAAUUUUAAAAUUUAACAAUACAUUACAGCUGCAAAGUAUUUCAAAUUUGUGUAUUAUGAAUAGAUUAGUAUUAAAAGA